CGUAUUUACAGUUAGUCUCUGCCCGGCAAACGGUACUCACACUCUUGCUAAUCUAGUAGACACGUACAACAAUACUUGACCCCAAGCAAUUGGAAACAAAGGAAAAAAACAUACAAAUACAAAAGCAGAUAGCAAAUCAGCUUUGAGUGGGACGCAAAAUGUUGCAAAUUCCAAAGAGCACCCGUAAAGCGGGACAGCUCGGGUUCUUGUUAUUGUGCGUGCUAAUUGCGCAAUGUAAUGGACAGGGCUUUCGCCGUGGUCGCCUAGUGGAUGGUUUCUUAGGAGCACCAAAUAAAGUAAGCUCUAUGCAACUGGUACGCGUAUUGGAGGCGGAAGAUCUGUGGUUUGAGCAGCGUCUGGACCACUUCAAAGCGGAGAAUACACACACGUGGCAGCAGCGGUACUUUGUUAAUGAUGAGCACUACCGCAACGACAGCCAGGCGCCAGUGUUCCUCAUGAUUGGCGGCGAGGGAGAGGCUUCAAAGAAGUGGAUGCGUGAAGGCGCAUGGUUGCACUAUGCCGAACACUUUGGCGCGUUGAUGAUACAAUUGGAGCAUCGUUACUAUGGCAAGAGUCAUCCGACAAGCGAUCUUUCGACCAGCAACUUGGCUUAUCUAAGUUCGGAACAAGCGUUGGCUGAUUUGGCUAACUUUGUGUCCGCUAUGAAAGUCAAAUACAAUUUGGCAGAAACGCAAAAGUGGAUUGCAUUUGGUGGUUCCUAUCCUGGCUCGUUGGCUGCCUGGGCACGCGAGAAGUAUCCGCACUUGAUUUAUGGCUCUAUUAGCUCCAGUGGCCCACUGCUGGCUAAGGUGGACUUUUCAGAGUACUUUGAUGUUGUUAAGGCUUCAUUAGCCAGCUACAAGCCAGAGUGCGUAGAGGCGGUAACACGCGGCUUUGCUCAAGUGGAAAUACUGCUGAAACACAUGAUUGGACAGCGUAGUCUUGAUGAGAAAUUUAAAACCUGCACGCCACUUAAAGAUUCUAUUGAAAACCAACUGGACAUUGCCAGCUUCUUCGAGAAUCUAGCUGGCAACUUUGCUGGCGUAGUGCAGUACAACAAGGACAAUCGUCCCAAUGCGAAUGUGACCAUUGAUGAUCUCUGCGUUGUUAUGCUAAGCAAUACAUUUGGACCACCUGUUACACGUCUGGGCAUGGUCAAUAGCCUGAUACUGCAGCAAUCAAACCAAACUUGUCUGGACUACAAAUAUGAUAAAAUGAUAGCCGAUAUAAAGAAUGUUUCCUGGGACUCGGAAGCCGCCAAGGGCAUGCGCCAAUGGACAUAUCAGACCUGCACUGAAUUCGGCUUCUACCAGACAUCAGAGAACAAGUCUGAUACCUUUGGGGAUCGCUUUGGCGUUGACUACUUUAUACGCCAGUGCAUGGAUAUAUAUUCGAAUCAAAUGGACGCGCAGUUUCUAGAAAGAGUUGUGGCUCAGACCAACAAAUACUAUGGCGCACUGAAACCUGAGACGACUAAUGUGCUUUAUGUGCAUGGCUCGAUUGAUCCAUGGCAUGCUUUGGGUCUGACUAGCUCCCAAAGCGCAAAGACGCCCACCAUUUAUAUUGAAGGCACUGCACACUGCGCCAACAUGUACGAACCGAGCAACAACGAUCCACCACAGCUGAAGGAAGCGCGCAAUAAAAUUACCAAGUAUCUGGCUCAAUUACUGGAUGGGUAUGCCGCGUCGGCCAAGUUUUCGUAGAGUCAAAUUUAUGCAAUGUCAGCAAUAAACAACAAAGUAAUAAUUUCUGUAUAUUAAAUAUACGUCAGCUAUAUA